GCGGGGCCAAUAACCUCUGGCUGAAGAAUCGCUGCAAUCCGGCCCCGUGUUUGCUGAUGAUAAUGCGCCUUUCCAAAGCCCUGAUAGACAUGGAGAUGGCAGAUUAUAGCGCAGCUUUAGACCCAGCUUACACUACUCUGGAGUUUGAGAACAUGCAAGUCCUGGCAAUAGGCAACGAUACCUCGCCCUCAGAAGCAACAAACCUCAGUGCCUCCAACAGCAUCGGGGUCAGUGCCUUGUGUGCCAUCUGUGGGGACCGUGCCACCGGGAAGCACUAUGGAGCCUCCAGCUGUGAUGGCUGCAAAGGGUUUUUCAGGAGAAGCGUCAGAAAGAACCACAUGUACUCUUGCAGGUUUAACAGGCAGUGUGUUGUGGACAAGGACAAAAGAAACCAGUGUCGAUACUGCAGGCUAAAGAAAUGUUUUCGAGCAGGAAUGAAGAAAGAAGCUGUACAGAACGAACGUGAUCGAAUCAGCACCCGUCGCUCCAGCUACGAAGACAGCAGCUCACCUUCCAUUAACGUUUUACUGCAAGCAGAAGUCCUUUCACAACAGAUGUCAUUGCCCCUUUCUGUGAUCAGUGGAGAUAUCAGGAAAAAGAUUGCUAAUAUUGCGGACGUGUGUGAGUCUAUGAAGCAGCAGUUGCUAGUGCUGGUGGAGUGGGCCAAGUACAUCCCAGCCUUCUGCGAGCUUCCUUUGGAUGAUCAGGUGGCUUUGCUACGUGCACAUGCAGGGGAGCACCUCUUACUAGGAGCAGCCAAGCGGUCAAUGAUCUUCAAAGACAUCCUGCUACUAGGAAAUGAUCACAUAAUCCCUAGGAACUGUCCGGAAUUGAUGGAGGUCAGCCGUGUGGCCGUGCGGAUCCUGGAUGAACUCGUGUUGCCUUUCCAGGAACUGCAGAUUGAUGACAACGAAUAUGCAUGUUUGAAAGCCAUCAUCUUCUUUGAUCCAGAUGCUAAAGGCCUCAGCGACCCCACCAAGAUCAAAAGGAUGCGGUACCAAGUCCAAGUCAGCCUGGAGGACUACAUCAAUGACCGGCAGUAUGACUCCCGGGGACGCUUUGGAGAGCUGCUUCUCCUGCUGCCGACCCUCCAGAGCAUCACCUGGCAGAUGAUAGAGCAGAUUCAGUUCGUCAAACUCUUUGGCAUGGCUAAGAUCGACAACCUGUUGCAGGAGAUGCUGCUGGGCGGGUCGUCGAGUGAUACGCCUCAUGCUCACCAUCAUGCUCUGCACCCACACCUUAUCCAGGAGAAUCUAGGUACAAACGUCAUUGUGGCCAACACAAUGCCGGCUCAGAUCCACAAUGGGCAGCUGUCCACUCCUGAAACUCCCCAACCUUCCCCACCAUCUGGGUCAGGAGUCGAACAAUACAAACUGCUUCCUGGAGCCAUUGCAGCUGUAGCCAAACAGCCCAGCUCAAUCCCUCAACCCACCAUCACAAAGCAAGAGGUUAUCUAGCAUCCAACUGAAUGAAUCCACUCGUUGUCACAAAGACCCUGCAAGGGGACUGGGGGAAGGACCCCACUUGUUCACAUCUUCAUCACUCUGGACAUGGGAUAUCCACUGAGAAAUCCGAAGGCACAGAGACACGGACUCUUCAGGUGGCCACUGCAUGCAAACGAUGUCUCUGAUGCAGCCAUAGAACAUCUGUGCCUGCAGAACUGGUGCGUUGGUCUUGAUGGACACCUUGUUUGCAGAGCAGGAUCCCAUGCUGCAUGGUGGACUGUUUCAAAAAUUGCACUGAUCUGCCUAUUUCUUCACUGCCACUGAGUUUUCAUUUUUUUUUUCAAUUUCUCUGCCAAUCUGACUAUUUGGGAGAAAAUGGCAUCAGACCGGGGGGAGGGGGGCAUACCUACAUUGGGGCAUCUGUAAAUAGCUCCACGCUCUUCCUAGACAUCAAGGAAUUAUACAUUCCCUGAUGAGCAUGUUCCCCAGGGAGGAAAAUGCUGAAUUUGAACUGGCUGCCAUUGACCCAGAAGCCUACAUAAUGCUUUUUCCAGUUUCGCUGCAAGCCUCAGGACAAAAUGAACUGAGUGCCUGACUGUAAUGCUUCCUGUGACCUUCAACAAAAAACAAAAUUCAGAGACAUGACCACGUUCUCCUGAAGAAUGGAUCACACAGCUGAUAGUUCUUGACUGAAAUGAGGAACCCGGGGAGUUAUUUGAACAAAUUACUACCUUGCUGUUUCAGACCAAGGGUCAUCUAUCCUUCUACUGUGGAACGUCAUGGGAAUAAAAUGUCCUCCUUCACUUGGUUCAAUCCUGAAAUUUUUCUCUUAAGUGUACUACUUGUGACCAUGAAGGUUCCAUGUAGCUAAGAUAAUUCAUGCCCUUUGAUACAGCUCUCCCCUUAGUGAAUCCUAACUUGGUUUGCUGGAGCAGGUCAGUUUAUUUUGGGGUGGAGGGGGGAUUCAUCUAUGUUGACGUUCAGUGGCUUAAGUGCCCUUGUUCCCUUUCUGCAUCCAAAAUAGAACUGUUUUGCGGAAUAGAAUGGAAAUAUGAUGGCAACUGUGUUUCAGUGAAUAUCCUAAUCAAGUUAAACAAGUCAAGCUCCACGUAACUUCAGUUUACUGACUCAGACCAUUGGUUGUCUACCUUAACUGUCAGUAGCUCUCCAGGAUCUCAGGAAGAGGUCUUUAACCUCACCUAUUACAUGAUGCUUUUAAUUGGCAAUGGCAGGAGUUGAACUUGACGAGGAGAUUAUCGCUGAGCCAUAGCCCAUCCACUUUCCAUCCACUUCUAGACUUGAAUAAGAGACAAAAUAAAAAUGUUAUAUAUUUUCCAGGUGCUACUUUUUUGAAGAUUGUGAAGGAUAAAUGAGUGCAUACUAGUGGGGAAGAUGCAGACACAAGGGUGAUCUGACUGCCUGGGCCUUUUCUUUUUUUUUUAUGGCUGUCAAGUCACAGUCAACUUUUGGCAACCCUGGUAGGGUUUUGAAGGCAAGAGACAAUCAGUGGUUUGCCAUUACAUGGCAACUUUCUCAGUGGUCUUGGUUGUCUUUCUUAACAAGAUCAAACAUGUCUUACCAUGACAUGCCUUAGAAGAUGCCAGCCAUAGUUACAGGUGAAAUGUAAGGAGCAAAAACUACCAGACCAUGGGCACAGAACCAAAAAAAACCCCACAACAGCCAGAAUAAACCCUAAUUUUGCAAGAGAAAUAACAAUUUGAUUUGCUGUCUAUAUCAAAGGAAAGACUUAUGAGGACCCCAUUAAUAAAAGUAUUUAGGAGGAUCUUUAAGGACCACAGUCCCCUCUGCUGAAGCUCUUCUCCACAUGGGGAUUUCAAGGCAAGAGAGAAACAGAUGUGGUUUGUCAUUGCCUUUCUCUGCUAAGUCUUCCUUGGCAGCCUCCCCUCCAAGUGCCAAUGCUGUUUAUCUUCUGAGAUUUGGCAAGAUCGGACUACUACACCAUGCCUGUAAGUGAUGAAAAGGCAGCCUUUGCUGAAAGUACUCUGAGCAGGAAAGAGAAAUGGGAACAUCUGUCAUAUACAUUGUACCUGUGAUCUGGAUAAGUCCCAGCUUCAAAACUUCUUCCCACGUCAACAUCUGUCAAAAAGUUGCACAUUGGCCACACAGCACCUAUGUAUUGCAGAGGAUUCUGGGAAUGGAGAAGAGCUGUACACUGCUUACAACUCACAUGGUAUAGUGACCAGACCAUCUUGUGCCUCACCAAUACCCCACAUGGGAUGGACCAUAAAAAAUACACACCUUCCUCCACCCUGCAAUGGAAGUUUAACACUGACAGACAAGUGUCUUUCAGGGAAUGUAUAGUGCUGCUGGUAGGAAAGACCUGGGUCUAGCCAGGAACCAAACCUGGGAAUUUUAUUCACUCAAGGUACAAUGCUCUGCUACUGAAUAUUGCCCUCUUUUGCUGUUUCUGACCUUUCCAUUCAGAAACCCCCAAAAGUAAAGAAACUUUAGAGGAUAUGAGACUCAGCUCCUGCCAUCUCCUUGCAUUUAAGAAGUGGAAUUAUACAUUGGGGAACUACUAGCCCACGAUGACCACAAACACUGGAGCAUCAUUUCUGGACUGUGAGGGCCAGCUGAAGUUAUAACUGCCAAAAGAAUUCCAGUCGGAUUCUUUACUGGAGAGUGACCAGACUGUUGAGAUUAUCAGACCUCACAUUAUUUACACUUACGUGGGGGGGGGGGGGGGUCUUUGUUCUUUACUUCAGAUGCAGAAAUAUACAUAUUUUGCCCCCAGACAGAGGGUGUCAAAGUAUUGUAACAUUUGCCAAACAGGACUAUGUUAUGCUGUGUAAUUUAUUUCCAUGAUGGAUCUAAUCGCUUUUCCUGCAAAUUAUCUUGUAAAUCACAUUGAUUAUAAUUGCAAAACUGAAUGUGAAUAACAGAAAUUCUGAAAAACUGCUGCCUCAACCGCGCCCUCCUUUUCUGUAUGUAGCGAUAGCUUGAGGGCGGUGUUUGGGCCACAGAGUUCCCUCAUACCAAAAAGUAUAGUAUGGUACACUAAUCUCUGCCGACUACUGCCUUCCCAUGGAAACAGAGCUGUAUUUCUUUAUUUAGUGUUUUUGAAAAUACAAAAAAUGUUUUAUAA